AUGGCUGAAGAAUCUGAAAAAAGGUUUGAAACAAUUAUGAAGAAGCUCUUUCAUCCUCCUCCAAAACCAAAGCCCACCUCCCAAAACUUCAGUAGUGGAGUUCAGACAUUGAGUGGCCGAAAGCGCCCUCAUUCUUCCAUAAUGGGUGAGAAAAUAGAAAGCCUUUUGUCGGGUUCGGCUAAGCCAGCUCAAGCCUCGGCCUGCAGGCCUUGGGACCGUGAUGAUUUCUUUAGGAGGUUGUCCACAUUCAAGUCGACUACCUGGUUCGCAAAGCCACAGGUGGUGAGCCCCUUGGAAUGUGCUAGGAGGGGUUGGAUUAACAUAGACAUGGAUACCAUUGCAUGUGCCUCUUGCGAUGCGCGUAUCCUUUUUUCUACUCCAUCUGUUUGGACACAACAACAAGGCAAGCAAUACUUUUACGAGUCAAAAAUUCUCUUGCAGUUUGAGAAAGCUGCUGCUGUAUUCAGCCUGAAGCUAGAAAGCGGGCACAAAUUGUUGUGCCCUUGGAUUAAUAAUGCGUGCGGGGAAGAACUUGCUCAGUUUCCGAUUGUAUCAAGCACUGAGUUGAUUGAGAAUUACAAAAAAUGCUUUCUUGCUCUAUCAAAUCUGAUAGCACUUCCAGUUAUUUCGCCUGUGGCCAUUGCUGACAUGGGAAGCUCUAAGCUCGAGCAAUUUCUAGAACAGUCUUCAACUUCAGCGUACCAAGAACCUCUCGAAAGUUCUAGGACAAAGCUUCCGGAACACGUACCUGAGACAAUUUCGUCCGACUUGUAUUACCAGGCGCUGAAGCUCACGAGUCUAUUCGGGUGGGAACCUCAUAUAUUGCCUUAUAAAGUUGACUUCAAGGAUGGGCAAGUUCCUCUCAUUAGAGAUGCCAAUAUAUCAGUCACAGCAGGACAAAUAAAGAAAAUUAGCGUCUAUUCUCUGUGUACUAAUGAGGAUACCAACACUUUUCGUGAUCUCAAGCUCGAUCCUAGUUCAGUUGUGCUUGAUUGCAACUUAUGUGGCGCGAAUGUUGGGUUAUGGGAUUUUUGCACUACCCCACAGCCUCUGGAGUACUUAAGAUUCGUAGGCGUUACAGAAGUUACGAGUAAAAAUGUCACGGCCCCUUUUACUACUUCAUCAGGUUCCACAAUUGCCGGUGGACCUCCGCCUGCAAUGCUGAAUUAUGGGGCAACCAUAUCUUUACCGAUAAUCGGGCCUAAUUUGAGAGCUCGGCUUGCAAUGGAGAAGGGAUCGAACGAUCAAUUAGCUAUUCAGAAAGUUCAUCAAGUGGAGGGUCAAACAAUGUCCUUAGAAAGUCAAAGUAUCUCGGAAGAAGGAACUGCCGAUCAAAAUUGUGAACACAACAGUAAGUAUCCAAAUAACUCUCUGGACAUUCAUGGAGAAGGGCCAUCUGUAAAGGAUAAGCCUGUUUCGUUGAGCAUAAGAGAAAGUGAGAAACUAUCGCCUACUAGCAAAACAAAGGAAUUCGAUCCAAUCAAGCAGCACAGGUACUUUUGUCCCUGGAUUAUGUCGAGUGGAAAAUUUUCUCCUGGAUGGCAACAGACAUUAUCUGCUUUAGUGGACCACAAGGAGCUCGACAAACCGCCUUCAUCUACCUUGAUCGAGGUGGAUGAUGAUCCAGUGGCUUCUGUGAAAAGAUUAUUUAUGAGUCCAACUUAG